CGUGGGAGCCUUCGAGGAAUCAAACUGGUAAAUCUCAACUUCCUGUUACCCAAAGUCCACGGUUAUCAGUGACCGACCCUGAUCGUUUCCGCAAUGGAAGCAUUGAGCUGAUCCACGGGUGGGGUUCACCGGUUGCGUAUAAAAUCUGGAAGACACGGUCGAUUUUCGUCAGUGGAAUUGCUUCGAAUACUGGAUCCAUUUCACUCUCGAGCACUCUUUGUCUGAAAGAAGCACGCCAUGAGUCGUUGCACGAUCGUUCCCUUCCUCGUGUUCAGUUUCUUCUCCGUCGCGCACGCAUGGCCGUUCCAUCGUCGCGACGUUCUGGACAAUUCCGUGGAAAGUCCCGACGGGGUGAUCGCUCAUCUGCAACACUUUGGCGCGGCUCUCUACAGAGUGCCGGACAACGCGACCGGGGAGAUCGUGGCUAACUGGCACGAGGGCUGGGACCGGAAUCCAGAAGAAUUGGGCAGCUACGCGGAGGGUGACAUUUUGUUUCCGCCGCAGUUGGAGAAAAAUGGCCUGAAAGCGGAAUCCGCUCGAUGGCCGGGCGGCGUCGUACCUUACAUGCUCAGCCCCUACUUCAAUGCACAACAGCGAAAAUUAAUUAACGACGCGAUGAACGACUACCACAAAUACACGUGCAUCAAGUUCAAGCCUUACAAUGGCGAGGAAAGCGAUUAUGUCAGGAUCACGGCCGGGAAUAGCGGUUGUUGGAGCAGCGUGGGGCGGCUCGGUGGCCGACAGGACGUGAAUCUUCAGGUUCCGGGGUGUCUGGUGAAAAAGGGUACCGUGAUACACGAACUGAUGCACGCCAUUGGCUUUUUGCACGAACAGAGCAGAUACGAGCGGGACGACUUCGUCUCGAUUCAUUGGAACAACAUCUUGAAUGGUCAUUCUGGGAAUUUUGAGAAAGCCUCGAGACAGACUACAGACGCCUUUGGCGUUGGAUACGAUUACGGGAGCGUAAUGCAUUAUUCGGCGAACGCGUUUUCCAGGAACGGUCAGCCCACCAUUGUACCAAGAGGCGUGUCCAAAAUCGAACUGGGUCAGAGGGAUGGAUUCAGCAAAAGAGAUAUUCAGAAGAUUCGAAAGAUGUAUAAGUGCAAUAAACGCAGGCGAAGUUAUUGAUAAUAACUUCGAGAUACGAACGCUCGUAAACGACGAUUUGAACAAAAUAUGGAUAUUCCUGGUACUGGAUGAAAAGGAAGAAGAAUGAAGAGUCUAGUCUUUUACAAUUACACGUAGCUUAAGUUUGAUGAUAAUGAAUGCAAAUGAAACCUAGGAAUAACUAUGGCAAAGCUAUACUGACGACGAAACGAAACAUAUGUAUAUUUGAAAAAGUGUUUCUUGCGUGUGAGUGUAUUUAAAUAAUACUAUUAUACUUGGUGUAUAAGAACUUG